AUGGCAUCAACAAAAGAAAUGGAAGAUCAUUUGUUGAUGUGUGGCAACAAAACAGAUCAGUGUCCAAAUUGUAAAAAAUUUAUUCGACGGGCUAUAUUUGCUUACCACUAUGAAAAUAGUUGUGCAGAUGUGGAUGCCAUCGAUACAGAUGCUAAUCCUACAGUCGACAACUCUGUUGCUUCAUCUGCAUCUCAGCCUAAUGAUUCGUCACAAUAUUCAACAAGACCAGCUAAUCGUCACGAAAAGUAUGUCACGGUAUUGGCAGUUAAUGUUCAAGACCAUUCAAACCGAAAUAAUACUACAUUUCAAACAUCAACCUCAGGUAGAUUUUAA